CGGGUGUCCCCGCGCUUGGGACAGGCCUUGGGAGGCAGCAGCCUCUGAAGGUGCCCGCGGGAGCGCGCACUCCAGAACCUGCAGCGGCGGGGCCCGGCGGCGCGCUCGGGCUCCUGGCGCCCGGACCGGCCCGGACAUCGUAGUGGGCGCCGGGUUGCCGAGCCCUUACCCUAGGGGCGCCGGGGCCGCGCAUGCCUAACGGGCACUGGCCUGGGCCCGCCGGCUUGGCUCCCGCGGCCGCUCCUGAUUGUCGAAUUCCGCGGGGAACCCCGACAUCAGCCUGGGAAUCCGGCGGGAAAGCGGACCCUGCACCCAGGACCCGGUUUCCAGGGCUGCAGGGAAUGCAGGCCUGCACUGCUUCGGGGUGCUUACGCCUGAGACCCAGGAACUGGGCUGGAGUCUCUCACCGAGUCGUCAGGCUGGGCGUGGGGUACAGUGCGGCGUUGAGUCCUAUCCCCGGGGCUUUUGUGUGUAGAUUUCUGAUCAGGAUUGUUGCAAUGAGUCUGCGGAAGCAAACCCCCAGUGACUUCUUAAAGCAAAUCAUUGGACGGCCAGUGGUGGUAAAAUUAAAUUCUGGAGUGGAUUAUCGAGGGGUCCUGGCUUGCCUGGAUGGCUACAUGAAUAUAGCCUUGGAGCAGACAGAAGAAUACGUAAAUGGGCAACUGAAGAAUAAGUACGGGGAUGCAUUUAUCCGAGGAAACAAUGUGUUGUACAUAAGUACACAGAAGAGAAGGAUGUGAAGACACCCAAGAAGACAGUGCUUUUCAAUACUAGAUAUAUUUUUUUAUGAGAUUGUUUGGUUCUUUUGUGAUGUAAAUUGUCCUAUUUCGUAAUAGCUGGUAAUUUUUCACUGACAUGUGAGAAAGAUAAAUGUAUAAAAUUGUGGAUUUAAUUGUAAAGAGUCCUUUGAUAUUUAAGUUUCAGCUAUUUUUUGCCUCUGUGUCAGAGGGCAGAAUGCAAAACCAAUCUUUCUCCCUACAUAAUUUUCAACUGAAGUUUCAAGCAGUGUCAUUUGAUUUGAUUGUUUUACUUACUCAACUGACUAAAAUGAUGCCUAUGAUUGAAA